AGUUAUCAGCAACCUUUUUUGUGGUCAGUAGAGUUGUAUGAAAACCCAUUCCCUGAGAGAUCGAGCCACAGACACGCAUUAAACUUGUUGUAUGUGGUAACUAUUCAAGGAUUUUGCAUCGAGGCUGUAUGACAAACUCGGCCAUUUGUCCUCAUUCAAUAGGUAGAGAAUAAUACAUGGGAGCGUGUUGAUACGGAAUUUCUCUUCUAGUGUUCAACUCGCUGUGUGUCGCUGAGGUGUUGAGCAAGAGAAUAUAAACUGCUAUAAUUUCUUGGUAUCGAGUUGAACAUGAGAAGAGAUGUUCCAUAGCUUCUAUCAACCAUGUAUUAUUUUGUUUAUCAUAUAAUCAAAAUAGGCCUUUACUGAGAGGAAAGGUCUAAAGAAUGAAAUUAUAGGUUUCACAGUCCGCUAAAAAAAGAAAGUCGUAAAGCGCGAUAAGGCUCAAGACGAAGAAAUGAGCAAAAUUCUCAAAAUUUGCAGUUGUUGACUUUUUCCUUACCGAUAGAGUAAAUAUUUCCACGUAUAUGGCCAAAAACAGCCUGUGGCAAAUCUUUCAGUUGUCGAUUUUCGUUCUCAGCUGCGAAAACAUACUAUUGCCCAGGUCAAAUACGUAACUUUCAAUUUUUCUAAUCGUAUUUAGUUUUACUUCCGCUUCUAGGAAAUUUUAAAAGCCAUUGUCCGUAAGAAAUACGAAUUUUGUGCUUUUAGCAGCCAUAAUAAUCCUAGAAAUUCUCAACAAGCAACCCUAGAUUGAGAACGGUCAACGCUUUGCCAUUCAUUUAUUAACCUGACACAGCUGAUUGGUGAUAUUAAACAAAUAUAAAAAGUUAUCGUAAUAUUGAGGCGUGUUGUUACGGCUUUUCACAGGGCGGGAAAUCCUUCUUAAACACCGCAGUUUAUGUAAUAAUUUUUUUCCUUAAGCUUUCUUAUGAAGAAAAAUAUACAAAAUAUCGCAUUAACAGAAAUUCAACUUUUUAGCCGAUCCGUGCUAUAAUUACAAAAACCUGAGCGAUGCUGACAGAAAGAGCACUUACAACACACCCUCCGGUGGAGAAAAAUGUGACGACAAAUCCUCAUCCUUAAUAUCCGGGAAAUGGUAUCGUUUCGUGGGAGAUGCAGGAACAAAAAUGCCAACCCAGUGCGUACCGGGUGAUAGAUGUGGUGCGGUCUUAUCAGGCUGGCUAAAAGGUAGUCACCCCACACUGGCAGAUGGUGAGGUUUCUUCAGAGGUCUGCUUUACCAGAGGUGGAGAUUGUUGCAAGAAAUCAAUAAACAUUAAAGUGAAAGACUGCGGAUCCUACUUUAUUUACAAACUAUUUAACGUACCCAGUUGUGAUCUGCGCUACUGUGGCACAGACUAA